CCCCGGCUGCCGAAUCUCUGCUCCUUAUUCAUACUUUCUCCUCCUUAAGAAAUAAAAUCCCGAUUUUGUCCCCGCCAUGAAUCUCUUAUUACAUUCAUGCCCUCCUCUUCGAUUCUCUGUCCGUCUAUUGCAACCUCCUUCACAUUCCUCUCGCUUCACCCCCACAAGGUCAGAUUUCCAACCCCUCCAAAUCAAUCGUCGUUUCAGAAAUCAACGGCCACGAUUCACUACUCAUCCCUCCAUUUCUUUAUAUAUUUUUCCAAAAGGUCGAGUCUGCCCUUCCCGCCACAGAAAGCCAAGCACUACAAAGAGCUGGAAGCAGCAGUAGACGCCGUACAGAGAGCUUGCUCUCUCUGCAUCGACGUAAAGAGGUCUCUGUUCUCCGGCGAUGGUCGGAUUCUAGAAAAGAACGAUCGGACGCCGGUCACGAUCGCUGAUUUUGGUGUCCAAGCUCUGAUCAGUUUAGAGCUGAGUAGAUCAUUUCCAUCUAUUCCUUUAGUUGCUGAAGAGGACUCAGGAUUCUUAAGGUCGAAUCCACUAAAUUCCACUGGUGAUGGGGGUUAUUCUAGUAAUUUUCUAGUGGAUUCUGUCUUAAGUGCCAUAAUUGAUAAAGCGAGUGCUCAAGAUGAACCCUUGACCCAUGACAUUGUCUUGGAUGCUAUUGAUAGAGGAGGGAAAGAUUCACUUGCUUUUGGAGUGAAACCUGCAACAUAUUGGGUACUUGAUCCUAUUGAUGGCACGCGGGGUUUUUUGAAAGGCAAUGAUGCCCUAUAUGUGGUGGGUUUGGCUCUUGUAGUGGACGGAGAGAUUGCAUUAGGUGUCAUGGGUUGUCCUAAUUGGCCAGGAGAUUCUCUUACUAUCAAGGAAGCUAGUGGUGAAGCCCUGGAAGCUAAAACGGGCACAUCUGGGCCAGGGGUCAUCAUGGUUGCUCAUGUUGGAUGUGGAACUUGGAAGAAGAGGCUCCCGGAGAUGCUGGGCAGCGUGAAUGCGAUCCAUGAUAGUUGGGUAAGAUGCUUUGUGGAUGGAUGUUCGUUGGUGUACCAGGCCUGCUUUUGUAUUCCCGAGAGUCAUACAUGGGAUUCGUUGCCAUUAUCACUCUUUUUCAGUUCAACAACUGAUGCUGAUGGCAUUGCGAAUGAACGAGAAGUUCUGCUUUUGCAGACGUGUUGCGGAAGCUUGUGUAAAUACUUAAUGAUUGCUUCAGGCAGGGCUUCCGUCUUCAUUCAACAAGCUCGGCAACAAACUGUUAUUAAGGUUUGGGAUCAUGCUGUCGGUAUGAUAUGUGUACAUGAAGCUGGUGGACAGGUAACUGAUUGGAAAGGAAGUCAGCUCGAUCUUGCAGCGGAUCAACUGGGGCGGAGAGUCAUCAUUCCUUCAGGUGGUGUGCUUGUAACUAAUGGUAUUUUACACCAGCAGAUCUUGGAAAUAAUUUCUUCCAGUUCACCUGUAGUUUGAUAUGCUCGCCACUCAAAUCUUAGUGUAACAUUUUCACUUGAUUCAUCAAUUAAAUUUAUUUCUUAUAUAUGAAUAAUAUGAUUCCAUGAGUUAUUGUAGUAAGUGAUAUGCGUAAUGUGUUUUGCAUGAAGUUUCAAAUGUAAUGAAACUAGCAUUUUAUAAGAAAAUUACAGUGGCAUCGGCAUU